ACAAAUUAUUGAGUAAAUGCUCCGGCAAGCUGCCCUAUAACUAUAAUAGAGCAAAGUAUUCUUGAAUCUCCAGAAAAGAAAGAACCAAAUGGGAAAUCCACAUGUUUUGGCUAUACCUUUUCCAGCACAAGGCCAUGUAAUUCCUUUAAUGGAGCUGUCUCAAUGCUUAGUGAAACACGGCAUUAGAAUUACAUUUGUAAACCCAGAUGAUAAACAUAAGCAGCUAAUGGAUGCAUUGGCAAUGAAGGAUGGUGUAGGGAAUCAGAUUCAACUUGUUUCGGUUCCACUAGGACUACAUUCUCCAGAGAUUUCAGGUCAAGUAACAGAGAAACUUGUUGAAGUAGUCUCAAGGGUUAUGCCGAAAAAAGUUGAGGAGCUGAUGGAACAGAUUAAUGCAUCAGAUGGUGAUAAAAUCACCUGUGUUCUGGCAGAUCCCCUUCUUAAAUGGGCCAUGGAAAUUGCAAUGGAGAAAAGAAUCAAGCGAGCCGCCUUCUAUUGUGCUUCAGCCACACAACUGGUCUUCAGAGCCCGCAACCAAAAGUUGAUUGAUGACGGAAUUAUUGAUAAUGAUGGAACUCCAAAGAAAGAGAUGUUUCAGUUGUCACCAACCAUGCCAGUCAUGAAAACAGCACACAUAGCAUUUGUUGGCCUUGGCAACACGAAAUUGCAGAAACUCUUCUUUCAAACUUCGGUGAGAAACAGCCAAUCAUUUGAAUUGGCAGAAUGGGUGCUUUGCAAUUCAACUUAUGACCUUGAGCCUGCAGUAUUUGAGUUUGAUCCAAAGUUCAUACCUAUAGGCCCACUUUUGGCAAGCAAUCGAUUGGGAGACACAGCAGGAAGCUUCUGGCAAGAGGACUUAACUUGUUUGAAAUGGCUUGAUCAACAGCAACCACAGUCAGUCAUAUAUGUUGCAUUUGGCAGUACAACUCUUCUUGACAGAACCCAGUUCCAAGAAUUAGCCAUGGCACUUGAACUCUCCAACAGACCAUUCCUUUUGGUGGUGCGUCCUGAUAUUACAGAUAAAAUAAAUGAUGCCUAUCAGAAAGGAUUUCAAGACAGAAUUGCAACUCGAGGGCAUAUAGUUAGUUGGGCGCCUCAACAGAAGCUUUUGGCACAUCCUUCCAUUGCCUGCUUCAUAAGUCACUGCGGAUGGAACUCCACCAUGGAAGGUAUUAGCAAUGGGGUCCCGUUCUUAUGUUGGCCUUACUUCGGUGACCAGAUGCACAAUGAAAACUACAUCUGUAACAUUUGGAGGAUUGGAUUGGGGUUAAGCAAAGAUGAAAGUGGGAUAAUUACACGGGAAGAAAUCAAAACUAAACUGGAAGAACUCCUGGAUAAUAGUAAGUAUAAAGCAAAUGUUUUGGAUCUCAAGGAAAGGGUGCUGAAUAGCAUCAAAGAAGGUGGAAGCUCCUACAAUAAUUUCAAGAAUUUUGUUGAAUGGCUGAAGGCAUAAAUAAGGUCAUCACACAUUGUUCAACCAUAUUCUUCGUGUUGCGAAAAUCUAUGAUGAAUAAUGUUUCCUUGCAGUGAAUAGAACCGGUGUUAUGGCUGAAGGAACUAGAUCUCAAGAAGCCAAGCGCAUUUUAGAGGUUUCAAGUUACUUUUCUAUUGGUC